GAGGUGGAGCGCAACCUCCAGGACGCCAUGCAGGUGUGUCGCAACGUCCUCCUGGACCCGCAGCUGGUGCCAGGCGGGGGAGCCACCGAAAUGGCCGUUUCCCACGCGCUGACGGAGAAAUCCAAAGGGAUGACGGGAGUGGAGCAGUGGCCCUACCGUGCAGUGGCCCAGGCUCUGGAAGUCAUUCCCCGCACGCUGAUCCAGAACUGUGGUGCCAGCACCAUCCGUGUGCUGACCUCGCUCAGGGCGAAACACACCCAAGAAGGCAGCCAGACGUGGGGGGUGAACGGCGAGACCGGAGCUUUAGUUGAUAUGAAGGACCUGGGGAUCUGGGAGCCUUUAGCAGUCAAACUGCAGACCUACAAAACCGCGGUGGAG